AUGGCGCAAGUGCGACCGCCUCAACUGCCGGGAUUCUCGAUUGUUCUCGAUGGACAUGUUGCCAUACUGGCGUAUAAUCGUCCUCAAACUGGCAAUUCUUUGCAUCCGACAGUCAUCAAUAGCCUUUAUAGUGCGAUGAAAUGGGCGAUAGCAGAGCCAGCUGUCAAAGUGAUUGUCCAAACUGGGACAGGGAAGUUCUUCUCAACAGGAAGAGAUAUGUCACCAGAUACCCAGAACCUUGAGAUAGACGAAGGUGUACGAUUGUUCCGCGAACUCAACAGGCUAUUAAUUCUCUGCGAGAAGGUUCUAAUCGCAGCCGUAAACGGGCCAGCAAUUGGGUAUGGCACUACCAGUCUUGCCCUCUAUGACCUAGUAUACUCUGUCCCAGAAGCCUACUUCUUCACCCCGUUUAGCAAAUGGGCUUUAUGUCCAGAGGGUUGCUCAACUGUUACGUUUCCAGCCAUAAUGGGCCAUCAAAAGGCCGCGGCACUUCUGUUAGCGGGCGAGCAUGUAUCAGCAGAGGAGCUGUACACUGCAGGACUGAUUACUAAGAUUAUUCGAGCAGGGUCGAACGAAGAGUUUAUGGAUGCUGUACUUAAUGUUGCUAGAAGAAUCGCUGGGUAUAUGCCUAAUGCGCUGAAGGCCUCCAAGGCCAUGUUGGAUGCCCAUCGGAAGACUGUGCUUUUGAAAGCUAAUGACGAGGAAUGCGAUUGCUUAAGGGAGUUAUUUAAUGGUAGAGAGAGUAAAAUUGCUGUGCUGGAGUUUGAGAAGGAACAACGAGCGAAGCGCGAGGCUAGGAAUGGGUCCUCUAAGCUAUAA